AGACGUACAUUGUCCCGGAUGUACUUCAUUGGGUAGGCGCAGAAGUGUUGUGGUCUUCGAAAUUUCAGCACGCAUCGGUUGUAGAAUUUUUCUUAGCAGCGCGUACGCGAGUUACUGGCACGUACCUGCGUUACUUACAGGUUACUUUUGUUUUAUUUAAAUAAUUGAUACGACUAUAGCAGAAUUAUGUCGGUCGUACCUCCCAACCGAUCGUCAACCGGUUGGCCCCGUGGAGUAAACCAGUUCGGGAACAAAUACAUUAGCCCGCCCACCAAACCGCUCACCCUGGAGAGAACCAUUAACUUGUACCCCCUAACGAACUACACGUUCGGCACGAAGGAGCCCUUGUACGAGAAAGACAGCUCUGUGGCGGCGCGUUUCCAGCGGAUGCGCGAGGAGUUCGAGAAGAUCGGAAUGAGAAGGACUGUAGAGGGAGUUCUCAUCGUCCACGAGCACAGGCUGCCCCACGUCUUGCUCCUGCAGCUCGGGACCACCUUCUUCAAACUACCUGGUGGAGAGCUAAACCCAGGAGAGGAUGAAGUUGAAGGUCUAAAGCGAUUGAUGACAGAGAUUCUAGGUCGUCAGGAUGGGGUGAAGCAAGACUGGGUGAUUGACGACUGCAUCGGAAACUGGUGGCGCCCCAACUUUGAACCCCCACAGUACCCCUACAUUCCAGCCCACAUCACCAAACCAAAAGAACACAAAAAGCUCUUCCUGGUUCAACUACAGGAGAAAGCACUGUUUGCGGUCCCGAAGAAUUACAAGUUGGUGGCAGCUCCACUGUUUGAGCUGUAUGACAAUGCCCCAGGAUAUGGACCAAUCAUAUCCAGUCUCCCACAGCUGCUGAGCAGGUUCAACUUUAUUUACAACUGAUUGGUGUGAGCAUUCAUAUCCUGUCACUGGCUGUCUCUGUGAGUGCAGCCUGGAUGGAUCGAAGCUGGGAGACCUGGGGAAGGCAAAUCGUGACACCACCCUCAACAUCUACUUUUCAGACCUGUUUCAAGAUAGAUGUGCUUUAAAAACACUGUCAAGAAUAAUGAAGACAUUUCUUUUCUGUGGAAACAUUCAUUGCUUGUGUUUUGUUUUAAGUUGGAAUUAUUUUUGAAUACGUACCACUGUGUGUGGCAUUAAACCUGAAUCAACUUAACAUUAUUUUUUAUGUUCCAUCAGAAAGGAAUUGGUGUUUUAGUAAAUAAACCACAGUUUAGUUUUGUGUAGUGUUUUAACCUGUAAAUUUCAAUGUCACCAUUUUUUAAAAAUAAUAAAUCAGUCUUCUCAUA